UUGAUGGAUGUUUGAGGUAGGACGGUGCCUGAUGAAGAAGCUGCUCUCCCAAUCUACAUCAGAUGGGUUUUCUUUCUUAUUCAGCUUCUUGGCUGUCUCUGACUGGUAGAAGCUCUCUUUCAGGUUUUCCUCGUAAUGUUGAUCGACGAGCUGCUUCACUUUCUCCAUCAACUUGCCAUCAACACCAUGGUUCUGAACCUGCAACAAGAAAAGAAGAAGAAAAAAGUAUCUCCAUGGCCUUGCUCCUGUUUUCACCUUCAAGAUCUCUGAAAUCAAUGGUGGGGAUCUCCAUAGCUUGCUCGGGCAUUGUCCUCCUAUUCUGCAACUGUGAAGGUAAGUGACUUAUGUGGUUCUGGACUGGGGAGGGUUUAUAUAAGCAAAGGGACAGGGUUGGUAUUUGGAAAGCUACACCA